CUCAUGAAGAGACAGAGCACAGCAACAACGACGAGAAGAAGAAAGAAAGAAAGAAUGGAGAGAAGUGAGUCCCCGAUCGAUCUUCCCGGCUUCCGAUUUCACCCCACGGAGGAGGAGCUGCUGGAUUUCUACCUGAGGCAGAUGGCUCAUGGCAGGAAGCUCAACUUCGAUAUCAUCGGCACUCUCAAUAUCUACCUUCAUGAACCAUGGGAGCUUCCAGGUUUGGCGAAGAUAGGGGAGAGGGAGUGGUACUUCUUCGUGCCGAGGGACCGCCGGAGCAGCAACGGCGGCCGGCCCAACCGGACCACAGAGCGCGGGUUCUGGAAGGCCACGGGGUCCGACCGGCCGAUCCGGAGGGCAUCCGAGCCUCGGCGCGUCCUCGGGGUGAAGAAGACGCUAGUUUUCUACCGAGGGCGUGCCCCGCGCGGCACCAAGACAGAUUGGGUCAUGAACGAGUACCGCCUGCCGGAGAGCAGCACCGGCGCCGGCGACAUGCCUGUCAAGGAAGAUAUAGUCCUGUGCAAGGUAUACAGGAAAGCCACAUCGCUGAAGGAAUUGGAACAGAGAGCGAAAAUGGAGGAUGUGAAGGCCUCACCGGCCCACAUAUCCAUGACUACGACAGACAACACAUCCCACUCCGACCAAGACAACCAGCUGCAGAGCCCGCUGGCUCCGUUCUACUGCGGCGUCAAAGAGAUGAAAGAAGAGGUGCCGAAAGAUUUCGAGGCGACUUCGUCAUCCUCCUCCUCGCUGCCCUCGACAUCAUCGGUCGUGAGGCCGACGAUGCUUCCGGAGCUCCAGGUCCCGAAGAUGGAUCUGGAGUGGAUGCAGGAUCCUUUCUUGACGCAGCUACGGAGCCCAUGGAUGGACCUCUGGUCUCCUAAUUAUGCCAACAUCCUUAACUACUAGCUACUUCUCUUCUCUUCUCUAUCUAUCAUAUAUAGAUAAUUAGUACACAACAUCUAGCGUCUGUGACAAGUGCGAUCUCUUUAUGGCGCCAUUUGUAUCGUUCCUCGACUUAACUCUUGUUCAAACAGAAGAUGGAAGUAGCUGCCUGUGAAUUUUUUAUUUAUCUGAUUUCAAUGGAUCUUACAAAUACUAAAUUUGUUAACACCUCUUCAAUUGAAUGCUUAUCAAAUUCCAUUUUAUAUCGUCGUGUAGUAGUCAGUCACAUGUAUUGAAAUUAUUUGGCUAGAAUAAUGAUCAUUAACAAAUAUCAGAUCA